AGAGUUACGUCACCUGUUCAAAUACAAUUUCCAUGGCGGUCGACAUCAGAAGAGGAGGGGCGCGUUCACAGCGAGGCUGCAGCACGUGACUGGCAGACCUUCCUCCUCUUGAGAACUGCCGAGCUUAAAAGAGGUGGACUUCUUUUCGUAGUGCAGCCUUCUACAAACCUGGGGAGCUGCCAUUUACACUCUGGCAGUGGAACCAUUCCUUUCAAAGACAAUGCAGGAAGAACAAUACAGGAGACCAUUAGGGACAUUUGUGUGAACACUGAUUUGUCUUGGAAUGAAUUAUACACAGAGGGCGUAAUAACCAGAGAGGAGUUCCAGUCAUGCACCCUUCCAGUAGCUAUGAGAUCAUUACAGGAAAUUAAAGCUCCUUUCGAAGAUGCCAUCAUCUCACCUGUGCGACAGGCUGGACUGGUCCUGUUACAGGCACCUGAAGAGUUUGUCAUGCCUUGCUUCGCUAAAACCUUGUGGCGACAGAGACUGGACACAGAUGGCGUUGAUGACAGAAAUCUCUUCGCUCAACUGAUCACAAAGGCGUUUCGAGUUAUUUUGGAUUCGACCUUAAAGAACAGCCUGAUGGCCACCCGCAGUGGGGAAGAGCAGUCGGUGAUAAUGGAGCGACUGUACUCGGCGUUUGUGAAGAGGGUGGUGUUGCUGAGUCCACAGACUUUUCAAAGUGAACACAUUGUGAGGAGACUUGUUGCUCAGAAGUCUUAAUUAACAGCCAAUGAUUGCAACACGGCAGGCACGUGACACGUAGUAUCAGAAGCCAUGUUCCAGCAACCAUUAUUUUAGAAAGUGUAAUACAUGUGAUUAAUAUUGAAUCCAUUAAGUUACCAAGGACCUAAAUAGUUUCUUUCUAAAACCUAACCGCAUUAAAAAAGAUCCAGAUAAACAA